CCCGCCGCUGCUUCACCCCUCCACAGAUCUGCCAUGGCCACCGUCCCCUACCUCCUCCUCCUUCCCCUCCUCUCAGUCACCUUCAACGCCACAAACCCGAAUGACCUCGCUAUUCUGAACGAGUUCAAGAAAAACAUGGUCAACUCCGACUUCCUCAACUGGCCCGACGACAACUCCGACCCCUGCGGCCCUCCUAAGUGGGACCACGUCUUCUGCUCCGCCAGUAGAGUCUCCCAGAUUCAAGUCCAAGGGCCUCAUUGGACCUUUUCCCCAUAACCUCAACUAGCUCUCCCAACUCUCCAACAUCGGCCUCCAUCGCAACCACUUCAGUGGGCCCCUCCCCUCUCUCAAUGUCGUCUCCCAAUUGAAGUACCGCGCUUAUUGAGUUUCUUGGGGAGUUGGAGUACCCUUCUGAGCUGGCUGAGGGUUGGUCUGAAACAUUGAUUCUAAACAAAGCUGAUGUGUUACGAGAAAACACAGAAGCCGUUGUUGCAGCAUGUGAUGGUGCUCAUGGAAGAUGGGCAAAGCUACUUGGGGUUCGUGCUCUUCUUCAUCCAAAGUUGAGAUUACAGGAGUUUUUGAGCAUAUAUAAUAUCACACAAGAGUUUAUAACUGCUACCGAGAAGAUAGGGGGAAGGCCAUGAUUUAGCAUUAGAGGAACACUACAGUCACAGGCAAAGGCUUUCCUCGAUUAUCAGCAUGAAUCACGGAUGACAAAUAUUAAGGCAGUUCUAGACCAAGAAACGUGGGUGGAAGUAGAUGUCCCUGAUGAAUUUCAGGUUAUUGUCACUUCAUUAUUUUGUUCUGAAGCAUGGUAACUGAGAACCUGGAUGCUAUCCAUAGUAGUUCGGAAACAAACCACACUGGGGUGGCCAGAAGCAACAGUAGUUCAGAUGUGGUGGAUACAAGACCAACAAUCACAGAACAGCAAAUUAAGCGAACUAGUUCAACUGACUUAUCUACGGAUAUAACUGGACUGAGUAAGUCUACUUCUGCUGAUGGAGCUGAAAAAAAUAAGGCUGAUGUUACGAAUUCUGUGGCUCAGAACAACCAUAGCAACAUGAAGGAGAGGGGAAAAUCAACUUCCCAAACCCUUUCGUACAAAGGUGUUGGUUUUCACAUGGUGAACUGUGGACUGAUAUUGACAAAGAUGUUGUCAGAGUACAUUGAUAUGAACAACUUUUUUCCAGUACUGUCCUCAGAAGUUGUUCAUCGCAUCGUUGAAAUUUUAAAAUUUUUCAAUACAAGAACAUGUCAGCUUGUUCUUGGUGCUAGUGCCAUGCAGGUAUCUGGUCUGAAGUCAAUCACCUCUAAACACUUGGCCUUGGCAAGUCAAGUCAUUAGUUUCACAUAUGCUAUUAUUCCCGUAGGUUAUUAUAACUAACAGUUAUUCCCUGAGACUUGGGAGCCUAUUCUGACAUUAACUGGGAAUAAUAUUACCCCUCCAUUGCCGAAAUUUGUGGACACUGUUAAAGUGGUCGUUUAUGAGAAUCCUUUGUUUUAUGGUAAUCCAUCUGAGCAGGGCCCUGCGCCAGAGAGUAAUUCUACAUCAACGAGUUCUCCGACAUGCACAGGUUCUAAUGGGAAUGGGACUUCUGAAUCAAAUGCAUCAAAAGGGCCCAACAUAGUUUCGAUUGUUGCUCCUGUCACAAAUGUUGUUGUUUUUGCUUUGCUUGUUAUUCCUUUGUCCAUAUACUAUUGUAAGAAGAGAAUAACCGACUAUCAGGCUCCAAGUUCUCUUGUAAUUCACAUCUUCAUUGAAAAAUUUAAAUUGACAACAACUUUUAACAUUUUCAUUGAAGAUGUUCUAAGACCUCUAGUAACUGUAUGUUGUUUUUGUCAAUGUAUUGAAUAGAUGUAUUCAAUAUGUAUAUAUCUUACAUUAUAUAGUGAAUACAUGUAUACAUCUAUUCAUAUUCAAGUAGAUGUUUUGAAUCAAUAUCAUAAAUUAUUCAUUGCCUUUUUUUUCUUGACUAUAAAUUGUUAGCAAUUACUUGUACUUGCUGGU